AUGACUAUUGAGGAGCCUACUGCGGAUGAUAUAGAUGUUACUCCUCUUGUUGACACAAAGGUCAUUGCUCUGGCUUCAAAGGAGUUGUUUGUACAUAUAGAUGAUGGGUUUCCUGGUGAGCUCAGUGACAGUUCUGUGCUCACUGGAUAUGCAGAUCACAUAAAUUUUACUUUGUUUGUUAUAGGACCGAGUUCUGAUGAAGGUAUCCACCCAUUGGAUGAAGCUGAAGAAGUUCUCACAUGUCAAGAUGCUAAAGGAGGUGAAGGCGAUUGUUGA